AUGGGCGCCCCCACCCGCGGCGCCGCCCGCGCGCCUCGCGCGACGCUCCCCGAGCUCGACGCGCGCGCCGACGCGCGUCCGAUCCGUCCCCGCCACCUCGUCGCGAACGAAAUCAUCGUCGUCGACGACGCCCUCACCGCGCGAGACUGCGCGCGAAUCGUCGACGCGAUCGGCGAUGACUUCGCGGCGAGCUCGAGCCGCGGACCGCGGCACGGCGAGGCGCGGCGACGAAACGGACGGUUCGCGGAGACGAGCGAGGCGUUCGCGCGACGGCUGUACGAGAGGGCGAACGUCGCGGCGACGUUUGGAUUUGAAAUCGACGACGCGGUGGGAUUGAAUCCAAACAUACGAGUGUAUCGGUAUCGAGCGCGCGAACACUUCGGCGCGCACGUCGACGAGCGCGUGACGGCGCUCGGGAGACGAAGUAAGUACACGGCGUUGUUUUAUCUGAGCGAAGACGUCGAGGGCGGGUCGACUAUUUUUUACGACGAGGUCGGAGAAGAACGGUGUCGAGUGCGACCGAAGAUCGGACGGGCGCUUUAUUUCAGGCACGGUGCGGACAUGCCCGAGCACGAGGGGGAGGAAGUGCGCGAGGGGACGAAGUACGUGCUCAGGAGCGACGUGUUGUUUUGA